AUGGAAGGAAAAGAAUUAAUCACUUAUUGUAUUCGUGGUUGUGAAUCGGUAUUUUGUAUUAUCACUUUAGGUCUUUCUGCUGGUCUUUUAAAUGAUGUUGGUGGUAAUGUUGAUAGAGUUACAUUUGCAUUAGUUACAUCCAUUUUAAAUAUUCUUUAUUUUGGGUAUAUUGGUGGUAUUAUGCCUUAUGUAACUGUAGAACAAUCUCCAUCAAGUGUCAUUUUUGCCAGUGAAAUUAUAUUGGCUAUUUUCUAUCUUGCUGCAAUGGGUGCAAUUGCUGAUAUUACACCAACUACUUCAUGUAGUUUCUUUGGAUUCCAUAAUGAUGAUACCAUUUGUCUGUUAUUAAAGGCACUUAUUCCAUUCACUUUAUUUAAUUGGUUAUUAUUUUCUGGAAGUUUUACUUUAUUCCUUGUUUAUUCUUUUAUUCCAGAAAUGCAAACUUAUGGUUUCGCUCAUACUUUUAAAUUUACUACUUAUCAAUGGGGUGCUAUCUGGUCUGAUUACUCACAAGCAGCAUGUAAACCAAUUGGUGGUGUUGCCAAUAAAGAAGCUGGUGUAGCUGGUGCUGGUGAAGGUGCAGCGGUUGGUGAUGAAGAAGCUAAUGUUGGUGUUCAUUCUACUGAUGAAGAAGCAAGAGAAAAUAAGUAUCCAGAACAUACAGAUGAAUCUGACCAUAACCCAAAUGAUGAAGCUAAUUAUAAUCCAAAUAUUGAAGCUGUCCCAGCUCCUAGAUAA